GUCUACUAUGUUUUCAUUCGAAUGUCAGUUAUCCAAAUGUACUGUCAUUGAUUUUUCAGGAAAAAAGAUACGUAAAUGUCCGCAAAAUGGAACUUGGUAUUUCCAAAAGAAUAUACUCAGGAAGAAUUGAUGUUGAAAUCUAAGUAUGAAAUGUUGCGAAAACUAAAGCAAUCUGUAAAUUCACGGAGGAAAACUAAACAGGAAAGUAUUAUUCCUCAAAGUGGAAUUAAUGAUAAAAAGAAGUACCUGGAGGCAUCUAAAACAGAGGCCGUUAAAAUUUUGAAGAAAAAGGGUGAACUACUUAACCUCAAGAAUAUUAAGCAUGAAGAGGGUAAGACUCAGAACUUUAAGAAACCUUCGUCUCAAAGUAAAGAAUUACAAAGCGGCUAUAAAAAAAGCGCUAAAGAUGGAUACAUACCCAACGCUAGCACGCAAGCAAGGUCUGUGAUAGUGAGAGGAGAGAAGAUAACGCCAAGUAUUUUGAGACAUUUUUUCGCCCGAAUUGGUACAAUACGGAAUUUGAGAAUCUCUGAGACGUUCAAUUCCGGAGUCGUGACGUUCGAAACUCCUGAAAGAGCUUGCAUGGCUUUUAGCAUGGAUGGGUUGAUGACUGAAAGUGGUCAGAGAUUGUGUGUAAGUAGCGCCAAGAAAAAGAACCAGUUUUGGGAGGAAAUUCUUGCUCAGGAUAAAAAAAUCUCCAACGAUCAAAUCUUGUCUCAAAAGAAAAAAACUGUGCAUGUUUCAUACAGUGGCAUAUUGUCUUUUAAAGAUCUUCGUCAGCUAUUUUGUACCACCGGGACAGUAAAAGCUGUUUACAUGCCAGAGAGAAAUGAAAGACAAUUCAGUGAGCAUACUAAAUCAUCUGGCUUUGUCACAUUUAUGCGUGAGGAAGAAGCUAUAAAAGCUGUUCAGCUUUUCAACGGAACUUUGUGGAAAGGCAUGCAUCUAACUGUAUCACCACAGAAAGUAUCUCGCGAUGAUACUUUGGAAGAUACAGUUGUUGCUCAAGAAGAUUGUACGCGUGAUUUAAUAGCUUUUAAUGAUUAUGUUUAAGAUUAACUCAUGAUGUUCGAGACUCCUUUCAUAUUGUGAUGUCCUGCUCAGAUGUUUCAUAACAUUUGUAAGAAUUUAUAAUUCCUGCAUCGACGUUAUAGUAAUAUGGCCAUUGCAGAAGCGAUGAUGUGCAGUUAUAUGAAUUGUUCCUUUUGUUGAUGAAAAUGUUUCUUUCGUUCUUUUGAAUGGAAAUGUUCCUUUGAAAAUGUUUUUUUGCAACGUCUCUAAUUCAUGAAAAAAUUGCACAUUCUGUUUUGAUCACUUUUGGUAAUAAGGUAAAAAAAACAUUGCUUCAACUCUGUAUAUUUCAGUGCUUCUUUAUUAUGAUUUUAUACAAUUUGCUUGCAUGCUCAGUUUCUUCAUAAAAUAGUAUUUUGUCACAUUGCAGAGGAGGUACUGUUAAGACAUUUUGAUGCUUCUUUGCAAUCAUUUCAUAACCUAAAAAUAAUUGUAACAUUUCCCUGCGAAGUUUUCAAUGAUAAGCCAGAAGCAGCAUUGUUUUUUAAUGCUUCUAUUCUUAUGGCUUCAUAUUAUUUAUUUGCAUACUCAAUUUUUUUUUAUAUGAUACAUAAAAUAGAAUUCAUUGAUGCAUUUGCGUAAAAUUCGGAGAGCUGACGGUUCAUCAAAAAAGAAAAAGAAGAAAAAGGAAAGACCUAGUUACUGGAAUUGUAAUAAACUUCUGCAAACUUGACGGUUAAUUUGUACCCUCAGCUACCAUUUUGAAAAGAAAAGCUCAGUGUAAUUAAAUA